AUGUCUGAUUGGGGACCAGUUUUUGUCGCAGUGACGCUUUUCGUGUUGCUAACUCCGGGGCUGCUGAUUCAGAUUCCAGGGAGAAAUCGAGUAGUUGAGUUUGGAACAUUUCAGACAAGUGGUGUUUCGGUUAUUGUUCAUACCCUAGUCUACUUCACUCUUGUUUGUAUUCUCUUGAUUGCUAUCCAAGUUCACAUGUAUAUUGCCUAAUCGAAUAAUAUAAAAAACAUCUCCAUU